UACCACCCGGCGCAUCGCUCACGGAGUUCGGAAGAACCACCCCCCGCUUUUGAACCUUGUACGUUGAUGACCGCAUCGCAUCGCAUCGCAUCGCAGCCCGCCCCCGCAUAAUAAGCUCUACCGUUCGAUGGUUUGGCACAUCAUAGAUAGAUAGCUAAUAGCGAUACGAACAGUGCACAUCAACACCCCCGAUCCAACGAACAUACGUCGCGCAGGCCCAGAGAAGAACCAUGUCGUCCGCAACCAGCUUCUACGAUUUCAAGCCUUUGGACAAGAAAGGCGAGCCCGUUCCCCUCGAAGACUACAAAGGGAAAGUCGUGCUUGUCGUCAACACGGCCUCGAAAUGCGGUUUCACGCCACAGUACGAAGGGCUCGAGAAGCUCUACAAGACCAUUAGAGAGAAGCACGGCUCUGAUUUCCAAAUCCUCGGUUUCCCAUGCAACCAGUUCGGCGGCCAGGAGCCCGGCUCCGACGACGACAUCCAGUCCUUCUGCCAGCUGAACUACGGCGUCACGUUCCCCAUCCUGGGCAAGACGGACGUUAAUGGUGACAAGGCCAACCCGCUCUUCGAAUGGUUGAAGAAUGAGCAGCCGGGCCUGCUGGGCUUGAAGAGGGUCAAGUGGAACUUCGAGAAGUUCCUGAUUGGCAAGGAUGGGAAGGUCAAGGGCAGAUGGGCGAGCACUACGAAGCCUGAGAGCUUGGAGGCACCGAUUUUGGAGGAGUUGGCCAAGGGGAAGAGCGAGUUGUGA